AGGGUGGCAGUGGGCAGGCAGCAUUUCCAUCUCUUAAAAGACUGCGCGCCUCGGUCUCUCUCUCUCUCCCUCUCCCUUCUGCUCAGACGCUGCGCUCACAACUCUAAACUCGCAGACACUCCGUUCUCAAGAUCUCGAUGACAUCUACCUCCGUCUGAAAGCAAACUAACGCCCCUCUCUUGUGCUAUUCCCCUGCUAGCUGAAUCUGUCUUGGUACACAGACGUACACUUUAAAAGGGCUAAGGGGGAUUCGGUCUGACUCCAGAGAAGUCGGUGUGGCUUUGAGGAUAGCGCGCUUUUUCCGGUGCUCAAGUUUGUGCUUUUGUCAUCGUCCUUACAAAGCGCAUCCACACGUGGUUGUAGGGCUUUGGAGCCCAGACACGGAGAGAUGCUGAGGACAGUGUUUUUCCUUAAAUCACUGACGACUGGAUCGCGACAAGUCUGAAGAGGGCUGAAGUUUUAGUAUUGGUGAGACUUGAAUAAGCAAACAUCAGCACAAAAGUGGAGAGGAAGAACAAAAAAACAACUGGGGCUUGGCCCAAAAAGGGUCAAUUAGCAUUAACACCAAAGCAAAACAGGUGCUGAUUUUUUUUCUCUAGAAGGGUCCCUCAUCAACCAGCAAAAUUUCGCCCAAAAGUAGACAAGAGGAUCGCCCUGCGCUGACCAGGUUAGUCGGCAGGAAGCGACUGAUCGCUGCAGGGGUGCUUGGAGUCGUCAUGGUCUUGGUGUUGGUGAUCCUGAUCCCAGUCUUGGUCAACUCAGCUGGAACUUCGGCGCACUAUGAGAUGCUCGGCAGCUGCAGGAUGGUGUGCGAUCCAUACGGCACCAAGUCACCGACAAGCACGGCAUCUUCGGACACCGUACGAGACAACAACCUCAUGCAGACUUUUAUACAAGGUCCGAAAGGGGAAUCGGGGCGGCCGGGAAAGAUGGGACCCAGGGGUCCACCUGGUGAACCAGGACCACCUGGUCCGCCAGGUCCACACGGUGAAAAAGGGGACCCGGGGCGCCCAGGAAUAGCUGGGCUACCAGGACCAAAUGUCGCCGCGGGGGCGAUCAGCGCAGCGACGUACAGCACCGUUCCAAAAAUCGCCUUUUACGCAGGCCUUAAAAAGCAACACGAGGGCUAUGAGGUGUUAAAAUUCGACGACGUGGUCACAAACCUGGGCAACCAUUACGAUCCAACAACUGGGAAAUUCACCUGUUCUAUUCCGGGAAUAUACUUCUUCACCUAUCACGUACUGAUGCGCGGCGGGGAUGGUACCAGCAUGUGGGCUGAUCUAUGUAAGAACACACAGGUGCGCGCCAGUGCCAUCGCUCAAGAUGCUGAUCAGAACUACGACUAUGCCAGCAACAGCGCCGUCCUUCACUUGGAGCCGGGGGAUGAGAUCUACAUUAAACUGGAUGGCGGCAAGGCCCACGGAGGCAACAAUAACAAAUACAGCACUUUCUCCGGUUUCAUCAUCUACGCCGAUUAAGAGACAUGUAUCACAUGCUUCAGUCCCUUGAACCUCUUUCUCUCUCUCUUUCUCUCUCUCUCUCUCUCACACACACACACACACACACAC